UUUCCUCCCCCCCCUUCCCAUCUCCGCCCCUCCCUCCUCUCGCUCCCAAGCGGAGAGCGGGCGCUGUCCAAAGUGCUGAUCGCGGCUCAGAAGGCGGCAGCAGCAGUAGCAGCAGCCAGAGGCGGCGGAGGCGGCGGCGUCUCGGGUCCUUUGCACGAUGCCUCGCUCUUUCCUCGUCAAGAAGAUCAAGGCGGACGCUUUCCAGCCCAGCCCGGCGACCCCCACUUACCACCCCUUGGAAACUUCCUACAAUGAGUUGGCGGGACCCCUGGGAGCCGGCGACCCUGGGGUGGAGGAUGGCUAUCUCCAGACCUGCCUCGCGUCAUCCGGCUACAAGAAUGAGAAGAAGAAGCUCCACUUGGCGUCCUCAGACCCAAUCUACACGCCGUCGCACGAAGACUACAGCGACCCCGAGAGCCCCCAAUCCAGUUUGUCGGCGCACUACUUCAACGGCGAAGCCGCCGUCACCGAGAGCUACUCGAUGGACGCCUUCUUCAUCACCGACGGGCGGUCGCGGCGCCGGGGAGAGGGCCAGCGGCGGGGGGCGCACCGCCACUCGUGCAGCGAGUGCGGCAAGAGCUACGCCACAUCUUCCAACCUCAGCCGGCACAAACAGACGCACCGCAGCCUGGACAGCAAGAUGGCGAGGAAGUGCCCCACCUGUUCCAAGGCCUACGUCUCCAUGCCCGCCUUGGCCAUGCACAUCCUGACGCACAACCUCAAACACAAGUGCGACGUGUGCGGCAAGGCUUUCAGCCGGCCGUGGCUCCUGCAGGGACACAUGCGUUCCCACACGGGCGAGAAGCCCUUCGGCUGCUCCCACUGCGGAAAGGCCUUCGCCGACCGCUCCAACCUGAGAGCUCACAUGCAGACGCACUCGGCCUUCAAGCACUACAAGUGCAAGCAAUGUGAGAAGACCUUCGCCCUCAAGUCGUACCUCAACAAGCACUACGAGUCGGCCUGCUUCAAGGGGGCUGAGCACGCCUGCGAGGAGGAGAACUGAGCCGGACAGGGGAAGGAGAGAAGGUCCAGGGGCAGGACCACGGCAACCGUCUUCAGGGAUCUGGGGUUUGGACAAGAAAGGACAAGCAGCGCCCUGGGAGGCAAAAGGGACCACCGCAACAAAUUGCAAGUCGUUCUGUUACUGGGAGGAAGCACUUAAGAACCUGGUGACUGCAACCUGUCCUUCUCAGAAGGUGAUGGAGACUUUGGGAAGAUGGCAAGCAUUGGUCCCAAGGCCCAGCAACCUUCAAACCCAGGAGUGGUCCAUGGGAUGUUCUUCAGAUAUUGUUGGACCGCCGCUCCCAUCAACCACAUGUUCAGCAGCGGUGGGAGCUGUGGUCCGCAGAACGUUCUCCACCCCUAGUCCUCCUGACCUGCCUUUUUCUCCUUCCUUCUCCAAAUCAUCAACCGAAGCAAUAACUCCAGUCAACGCCAGCAGAAGGCCGUCUUCUGGGAGACUCCUUGCUUGGUCUCGCACGAGUGAGACAAGCUUUUGACUUUUCUUCAGGAUUACUGGGAUGGAGAGAGGGAAAGAAAGAGACAGUCGUCUCUCUUUCCAUUUCUCUCUCUCUCUCUCUCUCUCUCUCUCUCUCUCUCUCUCUCUCUUUCAGAUAACUUGGGAAAUGCCGGGUGUAUUUAUAUUAUUUAUUACGUUAUUUAUUUAGUGUGCUGCUCCUUCUUCUCCCCUUGAUGGGGAGGUAGAAAAGCUAUCAGUGUUGCCCUUUGAGAUCUUUUGGGGACAGAACGAGUGCAGAAGCUGUGAAACCCGACUCAGGGGGGCAUUGUGAGGAAGGGUACCCACGAAGCUGACAAGGCUGGGUGUGGGACGCUUAGACAGAGCGACUUCUCAAAUCAAGCUUUGGAAGCGAGGAAGAGAUUGAUUUGUUAUGUUUGGCAUAGUUAAACGGGAACCUUUUUUUAUGUUUGAAGAACCCAGGAAGGCACAAUGCGUGGGUGGGGGGAGAGAACCAGUCAUUUCUUUCUUUCCAUAUGGUUGUCAGAAUUAGGAUCUCCGCCAGACAGCCUGUUUGUUGAGCACCCAUCCCAAUUUGUUUGCACAGAGGUUAUAGGUCUUCUCGUUCCCGGUUACUUGACAUCUCCACCUAGUGGUUGCUAACAGUGAUGCCUUUGAGAGGGAACUUCACCAAAGAUGGCCCUCAUUCACCCAUCUCCACAUUGUGGGAUGCCCUCAAGAGCUUCUGAGGAACCACAUGUUCCCGAGAAGAACCCAACGCAAGAACCCCAACCAUAACCUCUCCAUCCUCCUGUCAUCGCAAGAGAAGCAUUCUUCAUUGAAGGCUGGAAGGGACAAGGGCAAGAAACAGACUGACUGCAUAGCUAAAUCCAAACAUCGUUUCCAGGCAGCGGCAUAGCCAGGCAGUGGCGUAGGAAGGCGGUGCGGUGGGUACGGGCUGCCCUGGGUGUCAUCACUGAGGGUGACAAAAUG